AUGGAUGUUUCCAGGGCGCUCCGAAAGUUAGCCUUUGCCAACUUGUCAACUCGUCUGCCAGCAUCGAAUCAAAAGUUCGAACUAGGGGGUCAAAAUACAAUCCAGACCCUUGCAUCAAAGUGGCGCAAAGCGGGCCGGCCUAACGGCCUAAUGCAUACAUCUCAUUUACCACCCGGUAAAGAAUGGCAGAUGAGUGAUCUACGGGAUCCGAAACUUUAUCUGAUUGCGCUACAGCUCGUUUACAACCGGAUCAGAGGAGUUGAAACUUUGCAUCUUGGCACAAGUAUUCAUAUCGCAUACGAUGAAGUUAGCGAAGAGCAUCAGCGGCGUAUUGGCCUUGAUCUUGGGCCUGACAACCAAAAGGAUCUUGACGAUGAAGAGUUGAAGGAGAAGAUCCGUUCAAGAACUAUACAACCUUUGCCAUUGGACGAAUGCCAAGUUCUUGAUAUCAGGCAUUACAACCAGAAAGAUCUUGAUGAGGAGAGGUUUAAGGCGAAAUCCAUUUGA